UCUGAUCCUGUCUUUCUCUCCAUCGUUGGCCCAUUGCAAGAACUGAGCAUAAAAUCCCUUCAUCAUCUAGUCGUUCCAAGUCGAAGCCAAAGGUAGUGGAACAUCUUCCUCGAUCAGCUUUCCUCUUCGGACCGAUGUUGGCCAGAAUUCCUCUUCAUCCGUCUUGCUGACAAGCCAGCAGCCAAGAAAUCUCGGCUCCUCUUGCAUCCUUUACAGUGUAGUCACUCCUGCUUGCAGCCUCAAAGAUGAAUGCUACCACGUGCAACUCAUCAUGGUCUCUUCCUUCAUAGCUACACCUAUAUGACAUGAGACUUUUGGUAGAGAGAAUGCUGUUGCCAGCAAUGGACAAAUUUCAUUUAAUGAAGUCUUCGCUUGGGGUUGCAUGGCCAAGAUAAUAAUUCCUUUCGCCCCUAUUUGUUUAAGCAAAAGAAGGAGACAUAACAAGAGGAAAAAAAGGGUUGGAAAGAAAUUUAUAGGAAAAAAGGAAGACAUGAUCGAGGAUUUUGUAGCCGGCAUUGCAUCAAAACUUGGUGAGUAUCUGGUUGCUCCCAACGGCCGCCAAUUUGGGUACGUGCUGUUCUACAAGAGUUACGUGGAAGAUCUCAAAAAUGAAGUCAAGGAGUUGGAGACUGCAAGGCAAAGAGUACAGCACGUUGUUGAUGAAGCCUGGUGUAACAGAAAACCUAUUCAAACUGCUGUUGAGGAUUGGUUGGAGAGUGUGAAAAAGGAGUCUAAGGAAGCAGAAAACCUGUUAAAACAUGGCGAAAGUGAAAAGAGUGCUUGCUUCCGUGGGUGGCUUCCCAAUCCUGUGGUGCGCCAUCCAAUUGGUAGGAAGGUGAAGAAGAUAACUAAAGUCAUUCAUGGACUCCAUCAAAAAAGCCAAAAUAGUAACUUCGAGAAGGUCUACUAUGAGAAUACUCCGAUAGGAUUUGUCAAUGCCACCACUUCCACUGCAAGACCUGUUGACAAGAAAGAAGAUGGCCUAAAGUCGAGGGCUUUAAUCACAGGGGAUGUAAUGAAGGCUAUAGCUGAUGACAGGGUGCGUGUGAUUGGGGUGUAUGGACCAGGAGGGGUUGGCAAGUCCAAGCUUUUGGAGGAUGUCGAAAGGCGAGUUAAAGAAGAGAAUUUGUUUGAUGUGGUUGCCAUGGCAAAUGUAUCACGCAAUCCCAAUCUAAAAAGAAUCCAAAAAGAAAUCACUGACGUACUAGGCCUGCACUUGAUGAAUGAGAAAACUGUCCGUGGGAGAGCAUAUCGUUUGCGUGAGGCAUUAGAGAGUGAUCCUAAGAAAAAUGUUCUCAUCAUUUUAGAUGAUCUAUGGGAGAAGUUAGAGUUGAAGGAAAUUGGAAUCCCUUGUGGAGAUGAUAAUAAAGCAAGAGGCUGCAAGCUAUUACUUACAUCAAGAAAUCGAGAUGUUUUGCGUAUUGCCAUGGGCUUUGAGCAAGAAUUCCGACUCGAUGAGUUAAAGCAUGAAGAAGCCCGAAGACUCUUUGAAAGAACAAUGGGGAAUAGAGUUAAUGAUCCUAAGUUUGAAACCUGGGUAGAUGGAGUGGUCAAGAAUUGCGGAGGCUUGCCACUUUUGAUUGUUCCGUUGGCAAAAGGGUUGAAGCACAAAGAUUUGGCUGCUUGGAGGAAUGCUUCAACUAAUAGAGACCUGUCGGAUGUAAAAUCACUUGUGGAACUAAGUUACAAUGACUUGAAAGAUGAAAGGAUCAGAUCAUUGUUCCUGGUUUGUGCUCUAACCUCUGGGAGAAUUUCCAUGAGGGAUUCCCUUGUCUACUGCAUGGGUUUGGGUUUGUUUAAAAAAUUCAACAACACCAUCCAAAAAGCUAGAGAUAGGUUGAUUGAGGAUCUACAUACCCUGCAGGACUCUUCGUUGUUACUAGAAAGUGAUGAUAUGGAACGAUUCAAAAUGCAUGACAUAUUUGUUGACGUGGCCAGCUCUAUGCAUGAUGAAUUUAUGGACAUGAAAUGGAAUGCCUUGGUCGGGAGGAAGGAUUAUGGGUUUAAAGAAUGGUCCGAGGAUGAGCUAAGAAAAUGCACCACGAUAUCCUUCCCUUAUGUUGGCAUUGAUGAGCUCCCUGAAAAAUUGGACUGCCCAAACUUGAGGAUGCUUCUGUUAUUCGAAGACAACCCAUCUCUCAAAAUUCACGAUUUAUUUUUUAAAUCUAUGAAGAAGCUCCAAGUCUUGGACUUGACUGGCUUAUCUUUAACCUCUCUACCUUCGUCGAUUGAGUCCCUUGAAAACCUCAAGUCGCUAUCCCUUGAUUUCUGCCAUUUGGAUGAUGUGACUGUUCUUGGAAAGCUGAAAGGAUUACAGUUCCUAAGUUUCCUAGACUCUACAAUCGCUCGGUUGCCCCCAGAAAUAGGUGGACUAACAGAAUUGAGAUUUUUGGACUUGAGAGGGUGCUCUAGGCUUAAAGUUAUUGAACGUGGCGUGCUUGGAAGCUUGGUUAAUUUAGAAGAACUAUACAUGGAAGACAGUUUUGAUCAGUGGGAGGCCGAGGAUGAACCAUCGCAAAGCAACGCCAGCCUGGCUGAGUUGAAGAGUAUGAAAAAGUUGAGCACUUUAUACAUCGCCAUUCCUCAUUCUGCUAAUCUCUCAAGAGAUCUGCCAUUUGGGAAAUUGAACAAGUAUAAAAUCCAAAUUGGGGAUGUUUGGGAUUGGUCAGGUGAAUACAAAGAAUCCAAAACUUUAAAGCUCAAGCUGGAUUCAGGCAAUCUUCUUGAAAAGUGGGUGCAGAGAUGUUUGAGGAUAACACAAGAUCUCCACUUGGAUGGAUUGCAAGGUGGCAUCGAUACAAUUCACGAUUUGUGCAUCGAAGGUUUCCAAGAAUUGAAGCAUCUUCACGUUCAAAAUAGCCCAUCAGUUCAAUACAUUGUUCACUCAAUGGAGAAUGUCCAGUGCACUGCAUUUACGAAAUUGGAAUCGUUGUUUCUCGAGAAUUUGAACAAAUUGGAAAAGAUAUGUCGAGGCUGUCUCUCCUCAGAAUCCUUAAGCAAAUUAAAGAUUGUGAAAGUGGACAAUUGUGGUGAAAUCAAACAUUUGUUUACAUUUCCCAUGACGAGGAUAUUCUUGCAACUCGAAGAGAUUGAAAUAAGCAGAUGCCACUUAAUGCAGCUGAUUGUUGCCGAUGCCGAGGCAGAUGAAGACAAAAUUGAAAUAAAUGAUGAUCCCACAGUGAAUUCAUGCAAUUUGCGUAGGCUGACAUUACGCAACUUGACAAAGAUGGCGAGCUUCCAUGAAACUGUGGAUCAUUCAGUCGUAUUUUUUGAUGCGCACCAGGUUUCAUUGCCAUGGUUGGAGUCCUUGACACUGUCUGAACUUCCCAAAUUGAAAGAGAUAUGGAACUCUCAAUUUCUAUCAGAUGUGAGCAAUCUAAAAUUUCUAAAAGUAGAGGAUUGCAUGUUUCUCUUGAGCAUCAUCCCCUCAAGUUUGCUAAUGAAGUUACAGAAUUUGGAAGCCAUAACCAUUGAGAGAUGUCAACUAAUACGAGAAGUAUUUGACCUUGAAGGAUUGACAAUCAAUGGGGAUGUUGAGAUUCUAUCACGAUUGACCAAAUUAACCUUGAGUGACUUACCAAGUUUGGGACACAUAUGGAACAAGAAUCCAAGAAGAGCAUUGUGUUUCCGAAACUUAAGGGCAUUGAAGGUGCAAAAUUGUGAGAACCUGAGGUUUCUUUUUUCUUCUUCCAUGGCUAAAGCACUUGGGCAAAUGAAAGAAAUAGAAGUAGUGAGCUGUAAACUGAUUAAGGAAAUUAUGGAGCAAGAAGAAGAAUCAGAGAAAGCUACGACCAUGGACACUUUAGUGUUCCCUCUGUUAACCUCCUUGUCUCUUGAGGCAUUACCAAGUCUCAGGACAUUCUCUAAUGGAAAGUUCUAUAUUCACUGUCCAUCCUUAACAAGACUGAGAGUAUCUGGAUGCCCCAAAAUGAUGACUUUUUCUUCAUUUGAAGGAAAGCAACAGUCAAUGACAACUGAUACAAGUUUACAACAAGCAUUUGGUUGUAUCAACUCUGGCUUGUCAUUGCCUGUCUUCUUCAAUCAAAAUGUUCAUUUUCCAAGCUUGGAAGAGUUGACACUCCUGUCAUUGUGCGGGUUGAGGAGAAUAUGGCACAACGAAAUCCCUGAAGAAUCAUUCUGCAAACUAGCAUCCAUCUCGGUCAAAGAUUGUGAAAAUCUGUCUCAUAUUUUUCCAUCAACUUUAAUAGAGAGGCUCCAGAGCCUGAAAAUGAUUGAGGUGGUCGAGUGUACUUCUUUGGAAGCAUUAAUGGAACAUGUCUAUGUCAAUACUAAGAAAAGGCCAAAAUGUCUGACCUUCUUAGACCUAAAAGAAGUGAAGUUGUGGCACCUGCCAAGGCUUAAUGCGAUUGUGACAAGCAGCACCAAAGCAAAGUUCAGUCUUCCUAGUCUGAUUGAUGUUAGCUUGCGUUGUUGUGACGAGUUGAGAUAUCUCUUCACAAAGGAUACAGCGAGAACUCUAGAUAAACUUGAGAUGCUAGAUAUUUCUCGUUGCGUUAACAUGCAGCAAAUAAUUGCAGUGGAAGAAGGUGAAGAGCAAAAGUUGAAGGCAGUGAAGUUCUCUCAUUUAUGUACAUUGAAGCUUUGUUCCCUUAAGAGCUUGACUAGUUUCAGCUCAGGAAGUGGUGCAUAUGAGUUUCCCUCCCUACAAAAUCUCUCAAUUAUGGAAUGCUCUGAACUCAAGGCAUUUAUACUGAGGCCGCUUGCAGCAAGCAAGGAGAUGAAUGAGCGAACUGCUGGUUUUGACAAAGGUCCAUAUUGUUUAUUUGACAAGAAGGUCAUACUUCCCAAUUUAGAAGAGCUACGCCUAACAGGAAUUGAAUCGAGAGAAUUAUGGGAGAGUGAGUCCACUUGCUUUCACAGCCUAACUUCUAUAAGAGUUGAGGACUGCCCGUGUCUGAGAAACCUUUUUACAAUGUCUAUGGCCAAAAGUCUGGGACAUCUCCAAUCUCUUAGUCUAGGUGGUUGUGGAGAGAUGGAGUACAUUGUUGGCAGAGAAGAGGAGAAAUCUGAAGAAGCAGCCAACAAAAUUAUUAUUCCUCAACUUGUCACUCUAUAUAUUCACAACAUGCCAAAACUCAGAAGUUUCUGUCAUGAGAAGCAUAUUUCAGAGUGGCCCUUGCUGAAACAGUUAAGUAUUGAAGAUUGUAAAGCUGUGAAGGUGAUUCUAGGAGAUACAUGCUAUAGAGAGCAAUCGCUUUUGCCAGUCGAAAAGAUUGUGUUUCCUAGCAUGGAGUCAAUGUGCAUCUCGCACAUGAAUAACGUGGAAAAGAUAUGGACAGAUGAGUUUGCUUCAAACGCUUUCAGCAAACUCAAGAUACUAAUGGUAGAGUAUUGUGAGAAACUUUCAUCGAUAUUUUCAUCUGACACUAUCCUUACAAGAUUCCAAAAUCUAGAGGAGUUAACUAUGACCGAUUGUGGUUCUUUAGAAGUGGUAUUUCACAUCCAAGAGUUAAAUAUGAGUGGAGCUCAUUCCACAAGUACUUCUCAAUUGAGAGAACUAUAUUUGGAGCGACUUCCAAAACUAAAGCACGUGUGGAGUGGACUUCCAAGCUCCGUGGCAAAAAGUAUAACCAAGCUUGAAAGACUUGUAGUACAAUCUUGUGGGGUGGAGGACAUUAUAGCGAGUGAAGACGAAGGAGUAAGGAUGAGUGCAAGUGAUUUCUUCUUUCCGCGAUUGACCACCCUGACAUUAGAUGAGUUACCGGAACUCAGGAGCUUCUACAAGAAUAGUUAUACUCCAACAUGGCCACACUUGAAGGAAUUGCUAGUGAGACAUUGCGGCAAAAUGAAGUCAUUCUCAUUUGCUUCUGAAAUCCAAAGCUGCAAUGGUAGUACUACCAAUGAGAACCAACCUUCACUCUCUCUAGAAAAGGUCUUUCCACACUUGAAGCGAUUGACAUUAACGAGGGAGGAUGUUGCGAUGAUGCAGCAUGACAUCUUUGGCGACCUCAAAGAGCUAACUUUGGCAUACUACCGUGAUGAAAAUGUUAGUUUCCCCUCUAACUUCUUUCUCCAAAGAUUUCCCAAUUUAGAAUAUCUUACCGUGGAACAUAGUUCCUUCGAGGAGAUAUUUUCAGAAGAUGCGUUUGCACAUGAGGGAGUGACUCCAUGUGGAGGAAUAAUUGAGAGGGAAAAACCUCUCAAGGCAUUUGGAAAUUUGAAGAGACUUUGGUUGCAUGACCUAUGGAACUUGAGGCGCAUCUGGAAAGAUGGCUCCUUGAUGGCUGAAAUUCUUAAACAAAUUGAAGAUCUGUGGGUUUGGCGAUGCCCCGGCUUAUCAAUCCUAUUUCCAUCUCUAACUUCAGUCCAGAGUUUGACGUAUUUACAAGUGCAGAAUUGCGAGGGAUUAGUUCAUAUGGGGACUUGCUCAGCAAUGACAAGUUUGGUGCACCUUACUCGGCUAAUACUAAGAGAAUGUGGUACAUUGGAAGACGUGGUAACAGAUGAUGGAAAUGAAGCAGAGGAGAUUUCUUUCCCCAAGCUGCAACGGCUAACACUUGAUGGUUUGCCAAGCCUUAAGAGUUUCUCUCCGACGAAUUCCGCUUUUAGGUUCCCAUCAUUGGUGUGUACUAUUGUGACACAGUGCCCCAAUAUGAUUAUAUUCUGCAAGGGUGCCUUGAGGACACCAAAACUACAUAAAGUACUCCUCUCCUAUCAAUAUGACGAAGGGCAUUGGGAAGAUGACCUUAAUACCACCAUCCGAACUGUGACGGCAAGAGAGGAUCCAUACAAAAUUCAGUAAAUCAGUUGCUGGAAACCAAUAACAUGAUAAAUUGGCUCGUCCCGUAUAUAAGACGUUGAACUCAAGAUCUUCAACUUCUAUUGAUCUUCAUCUUGCGUAGCCACGAAAUUCUUAAGGAUUGCUUGGACCUUUUCUUUUGAUAUCUUCUCUUACCUUUUACUCUAAUUUAUUUGAUAGCUUAUCUAGUGGGGAAUCUGCUUAAUUAUCCUGGGGAUAUUUCAUUGGAUUUACAAUGUAAUGCUCCCAGCACACAUCGCUAUGGACUGCCAUUUUCUUGGCGAUUUGACAUGUAGCAAUAAAUUUCUUCACCCACUCAACUAUAGCGAGAAU